AUGAGCAGGAGCUUCGCUGCCGACGAGCGCGUACUGGAGGCUGUGGCGCAGGCCAGCGAGUUAUCAGCUGAGAACUUUGGGGAGGUAUGCAAGCUGGCUGUGCGACUUUUUGGCUCGGAUAAGCAGAGCAAGCGGCGAUUGACACGCACGGCAUCGGCAUCUGGCUGGGAGGCCGAGCAGACAGAGAAAGCGGUGCUCGCCGUCGCGAAGAUCCUGAUGGACAACGCCAAGGCUGAAAUGUCCGAGCGUGCCUUUCGGUUGGUCUUGAAAGGAAUGACGCUGCCGGAGCACCACGUCGAAGUUCUCACGCAGUUAUAUGGGGCGCACGGUACAGACAUUCGAGAGUGCGUCUCCAGGGAUAACGGCAUAAGCGUUCCACACUAUCGCAAUUUGGAGUGGCGAAUCGAUCUCGAGCUCGGCACUCGUUUCCACCGAAACAAGCCGAAGCCCAUCGUGACGCUUAGUCUGGACACUGCCACCCAAGCCAACAGCUCUACUGUACCGCAGACUCAGUCAACCUGUCUACGUGUAGACUAUGAUGGUCUUAAACUCAUGCAGAGGCAGCUGGAGAUCGCGUUGAAAGAGGCUGACUCCGUGCACUGUAGUCGCAUCCAGCGGUACAUGAAUUGA